CGCCUCCAAUUUGAAAUAUCGGCACUGCCGCCGGUUCGCCGCAAACAAUCGAUGGUGGGAUUCUAAUUGGCCAAGAGGCUGGUAAUACUGCUCCAACUAGAACUAGUGUUGCCUUAUUUUUUUCGUGAGCCAGAAAAUCGUAAUAUAUUGUAAAUCGCCAACGUGCUCUCCACGCGAAACGAGGCCGCUAAUUAUUUAUAUUAAACAUAAAAUGCCCGAAGGCUGUGCCAAACGCAUGUCCUUUUUGGUGUCGCGAGUGUGUGUGCGUGUUGUGUGAAACGUUGAAAAUAUAUACACGGUCUCCGGUCGCUGCAAAAUAAAGGAACGAAAAACGGGAGAAAAGGAAAAGCAGAAAGAGUCAAAUUGGUGUCUGGAAAAUAGGAAAAAAUCGAGUUAAUCAAAUGCAAUCAAAGGAAAUCAAAAAGAGAGAGUAAUAUAUAUUUUUGUUUGUUUUGUUAUUGUUGUUGUGCUGUGCCAGUGUGUUAAAGAGACAUAAAAAUAAGGGAAAAGGAGAGCGAUCUACAUAACAAAUAUCAAUGAUAAUACAAAUAAUAUUUCAAGUGCAGUGCUAUAGAACCGAAAGCAGAAGAAGACCCAGAGCCAUGUGAAGAAUUCAAAAGAAGAGAAAAGAAAAAUCUGCAAAUUAUAAAGGAAAUCGUAACGCACACGUCAAUGUAACCACAACUGCCCCGAAAAAACCAACAGAAAAUACAAAAUAAACAUACAAAAUACAUAAUAAAUAAAAACUAAAAGCGCAAAAAGAAACACAACAAAAAAUAAAUCUCCAACUUCGUUUGAAAGCCAAAAAACAACUAUAUUUGUAAAUAAAUGCAAUAUAUACAAUAUAUAUAUAUAUAUAUAUUUGUAAAAUAUAUUUAAACAUCCGUACAUGUGUAUAUGUGCCUGCAGAACUGCGCAAAACCAAAGCCUAGGUAUAUUUUGAAAAGAAAAAGUAAAAAUAAAUAAUAUAUUAAAAAAAAAAAAUAAAAAACUACAAAUUAAUACAAUUUUCAACUCGAAAAGUGACUCCAAUAAACUCUCAAAAUUGCGACCUACGCCUUUUCGAGUUCGGCGGCAUUGAACCACUCUCAAAGCUGCAGCACCACCGCCAUUUCCGCUGCCAUUUCCACCGCCAGCACCGCCAUAAAUAGUAGUAGCAGAAACACCGCUCACAGAAUGCCAGUGAAAAAGCAAGAAGCUCAUCGCGCUCUCGAGCUGCUCGAGGACUAUCACGCUAGACUCUCCGAGCCGCAGGAUCGGGCGCUGCGUAUUGCAAUCGAACGCGUUAUACGCAUAUUUAAGUCUCGCUUGUUUCAAGCGCUGUUAGAUAUACAAGAAUUCUAUGAAUUGACAUUAUUGGAUGACUCGAAAAGCAUACAGCAAAAGACAGCGGAGACCUUGCAAAUUGCAACCAAAUGGGAGAAGGAUGGACAAUCCGUUAAAAUAGCCGAUUUUAUCAAAACUUCAAAUUUAAAUCGCAAUUGCGCCUAUGAGUUUAACAGCGACGCCUCAUCCAAUCAAACCAACCAAUCAGCCCCGAAUCAAAAUCAGAUCGCGAAUAAUGUCAGUGCCCAAGCACAUGCCGAGGCGCUCAGCAGAACAUUUAAAAGCGAAUUGGAAGAAAUCUUGAACCAGCGGAUGCGUAUUGAAUCGGAUACGGAAAAUGCCAAGGAGCCACCGGCAGAGACGCAGCCCCAGCGAAGCUCCCGUUCGCCGCAGCAGCAGCAGCAACCGCAACAGCAGCAGCCAUCGCAGCAAGGAUCCAAGUCCAGGAGCGGGUCGCAGACUCUCCAUAAGGCGUCUUCGGGAAAGGUGAAUGGCGAUGACAGCUGGUUGUACGAGGACAUUCAACUGGAGCGUGGCAACUCUGGACUGGGAUUCUCCAUUGCCGGCGGUACAGAUAAUCCGCACAUCGGCACCGAUACCUCCAUCUACAUCACCAAGCUCAUUUCGGGCGGAGCAGCUGCCGCCGAUGGACGGUUGAGCAUCAAUGACAUUAUCGUCUCUGUGAAUGAGGUGUCCGUGGUGGAUGUUCCACAUGCCUCCGCCGUGGAUGCUUUAAAGAAGGCCGGUAAUGUGGUGAAGCUUCAUGUGAAGCGAAAACGAGGAACGGCCACAACACCGGCACCUGGAUCGGCAGCUGGCGAUGCCCGGGAUAGUGUCAGUGGGCCCAAGGUCAUUGAGAUUGAUCUGGUCAAGGGUGGCAAGGGAUUGGGCUUCUCCAUUGCCGGUGGCAUUGGUAAUCAGCACAUCCCGGGCGAUAAUGGCAUCUAUGUGACGAAACUAAUGGAUGGAGGAGCGGCUCAGGUGGAUGGACGUCUCUACAUUGGAGACAAACUAAUUGGAGUGCGCACCAAUGGGAGCGAAAAGAACCUGGAGAAUGUAACGCACGAACUGGCGGUGGCCACUUUAAAAUCAAUCACCGACAAGGUAACUCUGAUCGUGGGCAAGACACAGCAUUUGACCACCAGUGCGUCCGGUGGCGGAGGAGGAGGAGGAGGAGGAGGCCUUACAGCUGGCCAACAAUUGUCACAGUCGCAGUCCCAAUUGGCCAGCAGCCAGAGUCAAAGUCAAGUGCAUCAGCAGGCGCAGCAUCAGAUGGCCAAUUCGCAGUCUACAGAGCCCGGCUCGCGAUAUGCCUCCACAAAUGUACUGGCCGCCGUACCGCCAGGAACACCGCGCGCCGUCAGCACCGAGGAUAUCACCAGAGAACCGCGCACCAUUACCAUACAGAAGGGACCGCAGGGCCUGGGCUUCAACAUUGUUGGCGGCGAGGAUGGCCAGGGCAUCUAUGUAUCCUUUAUACUGGCCGGCGGUCCUGCCGACUUGGGCUCUGAGCUGAAGCGUGGCGACCAGUUGUUGAGCGUAAACAAUGUUAACCUCACGCAUGCCACCCACGAGGAGGCGGCCCAGGCUCUCAAGACUUCUGGUGGUGUGGUUACCCUGGUGGCGCAGUAUCGACCCGAGGAGUACAACCGCUUCGAGGCUCGUAUCCAGGAGCUGAAACAGCAGGCGGCUCUUGGCGCUGGAGGAACGGGAACUCUUCUGCGGACCACGCAGAAGCGAUCGCUAUAUGUGCGCGCUCUAUUCGAUUACGAUCCGAACCGUGACGAUGGAUUGCCAUCCCGAGGAUUGCCCUUCAAGCAUGGCGAUAUACUGCAUGUGACGAAUGCCUCCGAUGAUGAAUGGUGGCAGGCACGACGUGUCCUGGGCGAUAACGAGGACGAACAGAUAGGCAUUGUGCCGUCGAAGAGGCGAUGGGAGCGAAAGAUGCGGGCAAGGGAUCGCAGCGUCAAGUUCCAGGGACAUGCGGCGGCCAACAAUAAUAUGGAUAAGCAAUCGACAUUGGAUCGAAAGAAAAAGAAUUUCACAUUCUCGCGCAAAUUUCCGUUUAUGAAGAGUCGCGAUGAGAAGAAUGAAGAUGGAAGCGACCAAGAGCCCAAUGGAGUUGUGAGCAGCACCAGCGAGAUUGACAUCAACAAUGUCAACAACAAUCAGGCGAAUGAACCGCAACCCUUUAUGCUUUGCUACACACAAGACGAUGCCAAUGCUGAAGGAGGCGAGAUUAUCUACAGGGUGGAGCUACCCGAUAUGGAGCAGAUAACUCUGAUCUACUUGGAGAAUAAUGACGCUGACUAUCCUUCCGAGGAGACAGUGCUGUCCUACGAGGCCGUGCAGCGCUUGUCCAUCAACUAUACGCGUCCGGUUAUAAUUCUGGGACCCCUAAAGGAUCGCAUCAACGAUGAUUUAAUAUCAGAGUAUCCCGACAAGUUUGGAUCCUGUGUGCCACACACCACCCGACCCAAGCGCGAAUAUGAGGUGGACGGCAGGGACUAUCAUUUUGUGUCCUCGCGCGAGCAAAUGGAGCGUGACAUCCAGAAUCAUCUGUUCAUUGAGGCGGGCCAGUACAAUGAUAAUCUGUAUGGCACCUCGGUGGCCAGUGUCCGUGAGGUGGCGGAAAAGGGUAAACACUGCAUCCUGGAUGUUUCCGGCAAUGCAAUCAAGCGGCUCCAAGUGGCCCAGCUCUAUCCCGUUGCUGUGUUCAUCAAACCCAAGUCUGUGGACUCGGUGAUGGAGAUGAAUCGUCGGAUGACGGAGGAGCAGGCCAAGAAGACUUAUGAGCGGGCGAUUAAGAUGGAACAGGAAUUCGGCGAAUACUUUACGGGCGUUGUUCAGGGCGACACCAUUGAGGAGAUCUAUAGCAAAGUGAAAUCAAUGAUUUGGUCACAAUCGGGACCAACCAUUUGGGUACCUUCCAAGGAAUCUCUAUGACCAACAGCCACCACAACAUGGACACUGCCGCCUCGAGUUCGAUCUCGACCGGUCUCGAGAACAACAACAGCAACAAUAGGAGGAACAGCGGCAGCAACAAAUCAACAGACGCAACAACAGAAGACGCCGCACUGAUGAUGAGGAAGCAUCACAAUAACAGAAACUGUAACUGAAACAACAACAACAGCAGCAGCAACUUCAACAACUACAAGGACUGUAACGAUUACAACAACUACUUAAACCACAACAACUCCAACAACUCUAUUACAACUUCAACAACAACAACAACAACGCAGUAGAAACACGGACAGAAGACAUUAGAGAAACAAAUUUCUAAUAACGCAGCCGCAGCAGCCAACUUAAUGUAGCAAAUUGCCCAACAAAAGUUUUGGAUGUGCCCUAUAACUCACAGGUAUGGGUGUACUAUAAGAUCAGAAGAAAGCACGCUAGGGAAGAACAGUUGAGAGUUCUCUGAGAGAGAUAGAAAGAAAGCGCAGGAGCAUUUGGCAUUUCGUAGGGAAUUCGAUAGAGAGAAAGAGAGUAGAGGAGACGAAAAUAAUGGUAUAUAUACAUACAUAGAUGUUCAAACUGAAUGAAACGGACAAAGGUGUAUAGUUUUUAGUUAGAACAAAAGUUGGGUAUAAACAAAAAAUAAAAAAAAAAACAACAAAACAAAUGAAAAGAAAGCGAAAUAUAUAAUAUAUACAACACACCACUUACAUAUAGACGUAAGAUCCGAUUAUAUAAUGGCAUAGAGAGACGAAGCGCUAGUGUUGUUUGUUUAUGUUGAUGUUUAUAUACACAUACGAGAGCCAAGAGUUAUAGCGAGUUAGUUAUGUUGACGAUAAUGUGUUUUUUGAUAUAUAUUAUUGAUCUAUAUAAAGAAUGGAAAAUAUGUACACACACACACGAAACAAAAACACACACACACACAUACACACUGCAUAAUGUAAGUUUAAGUACGACAAUGUUUAUUAGCUGACUACGAAUAAUAUUGACGACGAUGACGACCGACGACGAUGCGGUGGCAGAUAUAUAGUCAGAGAAUGACGAUAACGAUUUACCAUUACGAUAAUGAUAAUAAAUAAUGAUAACUAUAUA